AUGUCAGACAAAAGUGAUUUAAAAGCUGAGCUCGAGCGCAAAAAGCAGCGCCUAGCACAAAUAAGAGAGGAGAAGAAACGGAAGGAAGAAGAAAGGAAAAAGAAAGAGGCUGAUCAGCAGCAAAAGAAAGAGCCAGUUCAGGAAGAUUCGGAUCUAGAUCGCAAAAGAAGAGAGACAGAGGCUUUAUUACAGAGCAUUGGUAUAUCCCCAGAACCACCUCUAGUGCAGUCGCUGCAUGAUUUAACAUGGGAUACCUGUUAUUUUCAUUAUUUAGUCCCAACCCCUAUGUCUCCCUCUUCGAAAUCAGUGAGCACCCCCAGUGAAGCUGGCAGCCAGGAUUCAGGAGAUCUGGGACCAAUAGGAAGGACCCUGCAGUGGGACACAGACCCCUCAGUGCUGCAGCUCCAGUCUGACUCUGAACUUGGACGCAGACUUCACAAGCUAGGUGUGUCAAAGAUUACCCAGGUUGAUUUCUUACCACGGGAAGUGGUGUCCUACUCCAAGGAGACACAGACACCUCUUGCUACACAUCAGUCUGAAGAGGAUGAAGACGAUGAUGAGAUUGUGGAACCCAAAGCACGGAAUGACUCAGAGAUGGAAAAUCAAGAACAGAAACACGAGGUGAAAGAAGCUCCUCCUAGAGAAUUGACAGAGGAAGAAAAACAACAGAUUCUCCAUUCAGAAGAAUUCCUGAUAUUUUUCGACCGAACAAUACGUGUAAUUGAGCGAGCUUUGGCUGAAGAUUCAGACAUAUUCUUUGACUACAGUGGCAGAGAUGUAGAAGAGAAAGAUGGAGAUGUUCAAGCCGGAGCCAACCUUUCCUUUAAUCGUCAGUUCUAUGAUGAGCAUUGGUCAAAGCAUCGCGUUGUCACCUGUAUGGAUUGGUCUCUUCAGUACCCUGAAUUGAUGGUUGCUUCUUAUAACAAUAACGAAGAUGCUCCACAUGAGCCAGAUGGGGUGGCCUUAGUUUGGAACAUGAAGUUUAAGAAAACCACACCAGAAUAUGUUUUCCAUUGUCAGUCCUCUGUGAUGUCUGUCUGCUUUGCACGUUUUCACCCCAACCUGGUUGUUGGUGGAACAUACUCUGGCCAAAUUGUCCUGUGGGAUAAUCGCAGUCACAGGAGGACUCCAGUUCAGCGUACACCCCUUUCGGCUGCUGCUCACACGCAUCCCGUAUACUGUGUAAAUGUAGUUGGAACACAGAAUGCGCACAAUCUCAUUACAGUUUCUACAGAUGGCAAAAUGUGCUCCUGGAGCCUGGAUAUGCUCUCAACACCACAGGAGAGCAUGGAGCUGUCCUACAAUAAAUCCAAGCCGGUGGCAGUUACAGGAAUGGCUUUCCCAACAGGAGACGUCAACAACUUUGUGGUUGGCAGCGAGGAGGGUACCGUCUACACGGCUUGUCGUCAUGGAAGUAAAGCAGGAAUUGGUGAAAUCUUUGAAGGCCACCAAGGACCUGUCACGGGGAUCAAUUGCCACAUGGCAGUGGGCCCAAUCGACUUUUCCCAUCUCUUUGUCACAUCAUCAUUUGACUGGACAGUCAAGUUGUGGACCACAAAGCACAACAAGCCGCUCUACUCCUUUGAAGACAAUGCAGACUAUGUCUACGAUGUCAUGUGGUCACCAGUGCAUCCCGCGCUCUUUGCCUGUGUGGACGGGAUGGGGCGCUUGGAUCUGUGGAACCUGAAUAAUGACACCGAGGUUCCAACAGCCAGUGUGACAAUUGAAGGAGCUUCUGCCCUCAAUCGUGUCCGUUGGGCCCAGGCUGGGAAAGAGGUAGCAGUUGGAGAUUCAGAAGGCCGCAUCUGGAUCUAUGAUGUUGGAGAGCUCGCUGUUCCACACAAUGACGAAUGGACCCGUUUUGCUCGGACACUGGUUGAAAUCCGUGCCAACAGAGCGGACAGUGAAGAGGAAGGGACUGUAGAAUUGUCUGCCUAG